AUGGCAAGCAGAAAUUUGAGCAAAAAGUGCAUUUGCUUUGGCACCAACAAGAAUCUCACGAAAGUCGAAAAAACUAUGCAUGCAACAAUUGCGAGAGGAUAUUUGGGCUUGAAAACGGUGUUGCUGGUGUGCGCCAUUAGCGCCCUGGCCCUGGCCAAGACGACCGACGGCGAUGCAGCAGCCCGCAAGAAGCGCCAGCACCACCUGGGCUUCCAGACGCGACGCUCCGGACGCCCGCCGCCCUACGCCGUGCAGAUGGAGCCGAUCGCCCACUACUCGCCGCGCGACCCCCUCUACAAUCCGCUGGCCGAGUCGAAGAGCGACGUGCCCCAGUACUACGAGGACUCGCCCUACAACUACUACCCGACCGAGCCCGAGCCCAUCAUCGAGAUCAUCAUCAAGGAGUCGAACGAGACUCUGCCACCCCAGCCACCGAUCCAUCUGCCUGCGCCAAGUAAACCCAAGAAGGAGCCCAUCCAGGUGUUCUACGUCAAGUACGAGAAGAAGCAGGAGCACGGCGAGGAGCACCCGAGGGUAGUCUACGAUACGCCGGUGCCGGCCCUCGUGCCCGUCGAGGAGCACGAGGAGCUGCACCCGGACGAGCCCGCGGCCCCAGCCCCGGUGGUCCCGGUGACGCCCGCCCCUCCGGUCUCCACGACCACCCUGAGAGCCAUCAUCAGGCCCGACAGCGAGACCUACCACGCCCCGACGGGUAGCGGUCUCAGGGUCACCUUCGGCAACGACCAGCUGCCACCGAAUCAGCACAACAAGAGGAGCGACCAGGUCUCCUCGCCCCGUCGGCAACACGGUCCCUUCGCCCCCGUGCAGUCGGGAGCGUCGCAGCGACCGGCCUUCUCGCAGCCCCUGGGACCCAUCGUUCAAGCGCCCCAGCCCAACUUCGCUCUUCAGCCUCAGCUGCACCAGCAGCAGCCGCUGCUUUCACAACGUCCCGUUUCCCCGCUCUCGCCGAUCGCCCCGAUCGCCAGACCCUCUCGUCCGGCUCCUUCGCCCAUCCAGGGACUGCCUGAGCACCAGCAGCGUCAGCCGUUCGUGAACCGACCGCAGCCCGGCGGACUGUCCCAUCAAAAUGUACAGCUGCAGAACUACGUGCACCAGCAGCAACUGCCGCACCCGGCCCCGGUGGGCUUCAACUUCGAUCCCCAGGCCGGACAGAUAAAGCAGCGUCAGCAGCAGCAGGACAAGCAGCGCUACUUCGAGCAGCAGCAGCGCCUGGCCGAGCAGAAGCGUCAGCAGGAGCAGGCGCGCAUUCAGGAGCAGCAGAGACGCAAGCAGGAGCAGGACCAGAAGCGUCAGCUACACUAUCAACACGAGCAAGACCAGAACCGUCUUCAGCAGCAGCAGUUCCAGCACCAGCAGUAUCAACAGCAGCACUUCAAGUACGUCCAGCAAGGCCAAAAACAGCAGCAGCAACAACCGCAGGUCGCUCAGCAGCAGCCCCAACAAGUAGGUGGAGAGAUUCUUCGCUCGAUUCCGAAACUGGAGCAGCACUACGCCAUCAGGGAAAAUCCCCUGCACCCGGGGCCCUUCCCACCAAACCCUCAGUAUGCCGAUAUUCCUUCGGCUUCUUUCAACGCUGCUUCCCAUCAAUACUCCCAGCAAUCCAAUCUGGUGCAUCAAGCUCAGCCACAGUUACCCGUUCAAAGUCAAAAUGUAAAAGUAGGUCCAGCUAAACAUCAGCUGUUGAAACAACAGCACAUUCAGCAGCAACAAUUGCAACAACAGCAACAGCAACAAAGUCAGCAACAGCAACAGCAGCUGCAGAACCAUCAGAACCGACAGCAUCAACAACAGCAGAGCCAACAACAGCAGCAACAGCAACAGCAGCAAUACCAACAAAACCAGCAACAGCAGCACCAAUUGCAGUACACGAGGCAGCCAUCGACGCCACAAGAUAGUCAGCAAUUUUUCUUGAAAAAUUUACCAUCGCCACAGCAGUUGAGGCCUCAACAAGAGAUCCAGUACCAGCAGCAACAACAGUUGUCGCUGCAACAGGCCCAGCCCCAGCCACAGCCACAAGCCCAGAACAACGCCAUCUCGUCGAUCUGGGGUAGACAGCCCAUUUUCCGAAACUCGAACGAGAAAAUCUUCGCCACUCCAGUGACGAAGAUCCAGUAUCCCACGAGCCCAUCGCCCACAACGACGCCCAGACCUUACACCACGGCAGCCGCCACCACGGCAGCACCUGCGGUCCUGACGACGACGAGCUCGCCGAAGCACGACGCCCGCAUCAAGGCCAACAUCGAGCGACUGCCCGACGAGGUACCCGACGACAUUCGCGAGCAGCUGCUGUCCUCGGGCAUCCUCGGCAACGCCGACAUCCAGAUCCUGGACUACGACAAGGUCGGGGGCGUGAACAUCGGUGACCUGCCACCCGAGGCGCUGGCCCAGUUCUACGGAGCCGGAGGCGCGGCGGGUGCAGCGAGCGAGCCCAAGCCACGACUGGCCAAGCGUCCCAAGCUGGCCGAGGACGAGCUCCAGGAGACGGCGGCGUCGACCAGCGGCGUCGAGAUGAAGGUCGUGCGCUUCGACCCGCGCACGAUGCAGGGCCAGAAGCUGGCCGAGGGUGUGCUGAAGGAGAACGCCACCCAACUGAGCGCCGUUCAGCUCGGAAGCAGCAAUAGCAACGACGCCCAGUACAACCGCUACCUGCCCCUGAAGGUGAGUGGGGCGAGCUUCCCUAUACCGAGCGCGGCCGAGCUCGAGGGCAGGCGGAUCUCGUCGGUGGUGGUGCUGGCCCCGGUCGACGGUCUGCAGCAGCCGACUCAACGCAACGGCAGGAAGGUCGCCGCCAGUCAGGAGGAGCAGCUGCAGUCGAUGCGCUUCUUCGGCGGCGAGAGCCUGAAGCAGCUGGUGCGCAAGCCCACGGCCGACAAUUACAAGCGCUGGCUCGAGCACGAGCGUCGCAGCCCCCUCGAGAAACAGGCCAUCGUGCUGCUAGUCACCAAGCCACGCGAGAGCCCUGCUGGCAGCCAAGCCGAUCAAGCGAUCUUCAUGUACGACGUGACGUCCGAGAGCGUGAGCCAGCUCGAAGGCGAUUUGACACCGUCCUUCUACGACGCCGCCGAGAGCAAUGUUAACGACACCGCCAGCUCGCGAUCGAUUUAA